GAAAACCUAUUCAAACCACACCCUCAAUUUUGAGGACACGUGUAUCAAAAUGGGUAGAGUUAAGGAUUUUAAACUGUUGGGAAAGAAAGGCCCUGGAAGGAAAGCAAGGAAACAAGGCGACCCGACUAUACCUGCUGCCCUUAGGGAAGACAAAAAGAUAGACAAAGUCAAAAAGAAAUUAGGAGGAAGGAUAAGACAGCGUACCAAGAAGAGACUAUUGAAUCUAGCUGUUGCUGCUUCGACUCGAGUCACUAAAACUAAAUCAAAGUCUAAGAAGGACAGUGCAGGAGAGACUACCAGUGAAAGUGAACAUGAAGAAGGUCGAGAUGAUGAUGAGAUGGAAGUAAUACCCCAGCCCUCAGUCUCUGAUGAUGAGGAUGACUCCAUUGGAGAAGAAGCUGAUGAUUUCUGUAGUGACGAUGAAGAGCUAGUGGAACUACCGAUCGAGAAGAAGAGCCGCAAACGGGACAAAAAACUCAAGAAAGAGAAAGAGGAAUCAAAGAAAGAAUUCACCCAACAAAUGGCUGGUCAUGAGGUCUUUGAGCUACCUGACAUUGAGUCCAUUUCAAACGAACCUCAGGACCUCCCUACUGUGUCACAGCGCCUCAGGGAAGUGCUUCAUGUUCUUGCAAACUUUAAGGAUUUACGUGAGCCAGGUCGGAAACGAAAGGAAUACGUGACCCUCCUGGAGCAUGAUCUGAAAGUCUACUAUGGCUACAACGAGUACCUGAUAGACAAGAUUAUCCAGCUCAUCCCUCACUCUGAGUUAUUAGAGUUCCUCGAUGCGUGCGAGACCCCACGACCCGUUACCAUACGGACCAACACACUCAAAACUAGGCGUAGGGACCUAGCUGGAGCGCUCAUCAGUCGCGGAGUCAAUCUUGACCCAAUUGGAGACUGGUCAAAAGUGGGACUGGUCAUAUACGAUAGUCAAGUACCUAUAGGAGCCACGCCCGAGUAUCUAUCAGGGAAAUACAUGAUGCAAGGAGCCUCCUCACUACUGCCUGUCAUGGCACUAGCUCCACAAGUAAACGAGAGGAUUCUUGACAUGUGUGCUGCCCCGGGUGGUAAAGCAACUUACAUUGCCGCCCUCAUGAAGAACACAGGUCUGCUUGUAUGCAACGACUACAAGAAGGAGCGUUGUAAGAGCCUCAUUGCUAAUAUAUACCGCAUGGGGGUACAGAAUACCAUCGUGUGUAAUUACGACGGAAGGAAGUUCACUAAAGUGAUGAGCGGGUUUGAUCGUAUCUUGCUAGAUGCUCCCUGUAGUGGUACUGGAGUUAUAGCAAAGGACCAAUCAGUCAAGACUAGUAAGUCUGAAGUGGCUAUUGAGCGUUGCUCACACAUGCAAAAGGAGCUUAUACUCGAAGCAAUUGAUGCAUUGAAUGCCAGUUCAUCGACUGGUGGGUAUCUGGUGUACUCAACUUGUUCUGUACUAGUGGAAGAGAAUGAAGGUGUCAUUGAUUAUGCUCUUUCAAGGCGUAAUGUCAAGGUUGUUGACACUGGUUUGAAUUUCGGUGUGUCUGGUUUCACGCGCUUUCGGGAAAAGAGGUUUCAUCCUUCGCUGUCACUGACGAAAAGGUUCUAUCCUCAUACGCACAACAUGGAUGGGUUUUUUGUUGCCAAAUUGAAGAAAUUUCCUCAGAAGUCGACAAUCGUUGGUAGCAAGCAACAGCCAGCAGAAGAAGAAGAAAAAGAAGAGGACGAAGAAACUUGAAUAUAUAUUGAGUAUUGGUUAAUUUAGCUCUGUAAAAUAAUUUUAAAAUUAAUUUUAUUAUACUAGUAAAAUAUUUGUUAACUACA